AUGUGCUUCAACGUUGGCGUCAUCAUCGGACCUCUUCUGGGCGGAUUUCUUGCCGACCCUAUUACAUCUCUCCCCUCAAUCUUCGGGCCGGGUUCUUACCUCGGUGGUAAAGACGGAGUCGAGUGGAUGAUCCGAUUCCCAUACGCUCUAACAAACUUUGUUUGUUCAAGUAUCUUGAUGAUUGCGGCUCUGGGAGUAGUUCUCGGGCUGGACGAAACGCAUCCGCUCCGGCGCCAUCGCCGAGACCGAGGUCGAGACCUAGGGCGCUUUAUUCUCAGAAAGGUCUUUAGAGUGGAAAGCCCAUCCAAUGAUUACCGUCUCGCUGGCAAUGGAAACGACCCGACCGAAGCGGGAGACGUCGAGGACCAAUCUUCGUCGAGCAAGCCUGUGGAAGACAAGGGCCGGGCGCCGCUGCGUGCUAUCUGCACCCGCAACGUUAUUUUGACGUUGGUUCAAAACUUCUCCUCAGCUCUCCACGUUUCUGCCUUCAACUCUAUACUGUUCGUUAUGCUGCCAGCACCUCAAGCAGACAACACCAACGCGCAACUCCCAUUCCGAUUCACGGGUGGUCUGGGUCUGUCGUCCCAGAAGGUUGGCUUUGCUAACACAGUCAUCGGAGCCGUCGGUCUUCCCCUACAAAUCCUCUUGUUUCCCUGGAUCAGCAGUAAGCUCGGUGUGCUGCAGUCCUACCGCACAUUCCUUCCCUUCAGUGCGCUGGCGUACUGCUCGCUACCCUAUCUCGCCCUUCUGUCGAACAAGAGUCCGCUCUUGUGGCCUUUUCUGUCUGUCAUCUUGAGUGCACAAGUCAUGUCCAGAACGUUUGUGGGACCGGCAACAAUCAUGCUGGUCAACGACUCUGCUCCGCACCCUGCCCUCCUAGCCACUGUGCAUGGUGUUGCAUCGAGCACUUCAGCUGCAGCUCGUAUGCUUGGACCUACCAUCGGAGGAACUGUCCUUGGCUGGGGACUCAGCAACAACUUUGUUGGUGCGCCAUUCUGGGGCAUCACGCUUGUUGCUCUUAUCAACUGGUUAUUACUCUAUGUAGUGAGGGAAGGAAACCCCAUCUAG